UUGAUCUGGAGAAACUUUUAUUUUCUUGAGAUAAAAAUUGCAGUGAUAAUAACACUUUGCUGUUGAGGAAGAAGAGGAAGAACAUGUCCUCAUCAAAUUCUCCGUGCGCAGCAUGCAAAUGCCUCCGGCGGAAAUGCACUCAAGAGUGUGUAUUUGCACCCUAUUUUCCGCCAGACCAACCCCAGAAAUUUAUCAAUGUCCACAGGGUCUUUGGAGCAAGCAAUGUUGCCAAGCUUCUCAAUGAACUUGGCACUGGUCAGCGAGAAGACGCAGUUAAUUCGCUUGCCUAUGAGGCUGAGUACAGACUCCGAGAUCCCGUCUAUGGCUGUGUAGGCCUAAUCUCCAUCCUCCAACAGAAGCUGAAGCAAGUCCAACAUGAUUUAAACAAUGCAAAGAAGGAAUUAGCUACCUAUAUCGGGCCCUCCGCCAUGUUGCCACUUUUUCAGCACCCGGGUUUCAUGCAACAGCAUCCUAAUAACCCCUCGGCAUCUACAGUGAUGCCUUAUGCUAUGCAGCCGAUGAUGGGGUUGCCAACAGGUGUGGCGGCUCCGCAUGGUGGUCCAUUGAUUAUCCGCGAUGCUCAGCAGCAGCAGCAGCAGCAACAGCAACAGCAAAUUUACGAGGCACAGCAAUAUGCAGCUGCAGUUGCAGCCAGGGAUCAGGAGAUGUUUAGAGCAUAUGAGCAGCAGCAACAGCAGCAGCCACCACCGCAGGAGCUUAUGAGGUUUAACAGUGGGUUUGAAGGGGCUGGACCGGCAGCUGCUACGGCCUUCAAUACCAUGAGUUGUGGUGCUGCAAUGUCCCCAUCCUUGGCUUUGGGCUCAUAUGAAGCCGUCCCUUAUCAUCAGAUUUCUCAACAGCAGCAGCAGCAGCUGCCUCCGGAGCAUUCCCAUUCCCACCAUCACCACCAUAAUCAGUUUCAGCUUCAGUCUCAACUGAUGCUUCAACAGCAGCUGCCACUGCAGCAGUCUCAUCACCAGCCUCAAGCUGCCCAGCAGCAACAUCCACAGAGAGCCAAGAGUGAGGAGGGCAGGAGCGUUGGUCCUUCCUGUUGA